GGAGUCGGUCGGGCCAUGUCGGCGGCGGAGGGCGGCUGGGACGGGAAUCGGCGGCGGGGGGGCGCUGGAGGCAGCGGCUCGGGCGGAGGGUGCAGCGGGGACGGGCCCGGGGCGGCGCCGGCCGGGGGGCUCCUCAACCGCUUCGUCCAGCUGCCGGGCAGGCCCCACCUGGCAGGCUCUAAGAAGAAAAUACGAUUGGUCCUAAUUAGACGCUUCCCUCGAUCUCGUCCCAUCCUAAAGGUCCGUAAGAGGUCUUUCAGAGCAGGCCACCGAGCCCCACCAGCAAGGAGCGGCCAUCGUUGUGUAGCAGAUAACGCCAACCUGUACGUGUUCGGAGGGUAUAACCCGGACUACGAUGAGUCUGGCGGGCCAGAGAAUGAAGACUACCCUCUCUUCAGGGAACUUUGGCGAUAUAAUUUUGCGACAGGCGCAUGGCACCAAAUGGGCACCGAAGGCUAUAUGCCUAGAGAACUAGCAUCCAUGUCACUUGUGUUGCAUGGGAACAACCUGUUGGUAUUCGGCGGCACCGGGAUCCCAUUUGGGGAGAGCAACGGGAACGACGUCCACGUCUGCAACGUGAAGUACAAGCGAUGGGCCCUGCUUAGCUGCCGAGGGAAGAAACCCAAUCGAAUAUAUGGACAGGCUAUGGCUAUCAUUAAUGGAUCCCUAUAUGUUUUUGGAGGAACAACUGGUUACAUUUAUAGCACAGAUCUACAUAAAUUAGACCUUAACACUAGGGAAUGGAUACAACUGAAACCAAACAACAUGCACUGUGACAUGCCAGAGGAGAGGUACAGACAUGAAAUUGCACAUGAUGGGCAGAGGAUUUAUAUCUUGGGAGGUGGAACUUCCUGGACUGCUUAUUCCUUGGAUAAGAUCCAUGCAUACAACCUUGAAACAAACACCUGGGAAGAAAUUGCAACGAGACCUCAUGAGAAAAUAGGUUUCCCGGCAGCCAGAAGAUGCCACAGUUGUGUACAAAUAAAAAAUGAUGUGUUUGUCUGUGGGGGAUAUAACGGAGAAGUGAUAUUGGGAGACAUCUGGAAGCUAAAUCUUCAAACUUUCCAGUGGGUGAAACUCCCAGCUGUCAUGCCUGAACCAGUUUAUUUUCACUGUGCUGCUGUCACACCAGCUGGCUGCAUGUACGUCCAUGGAGGGGUGGUCAACAUCCACGAAAACAAACGGACUGGCUCCUUAUUUAAGAUGUGGCUAGUAGUCCCCAGCCUUCUGGAACUGUCAUGGGAGAAGCUGUUGGGAUUUUUCCCUCAUCUAGCAACUCUCUCCAGAUCGCAGCUUUUGCACCUUGGCCUCACACAGGGACUCAUUGAGCGACUGAAAUGAGAACUCCUCGCUGUUCUCACUCUGCCCUAGAAACACUAAAGAGACACCCCCGCCCUUUAUGGAUGCCGCUGCUAAGGAGACGGGAGGACCCUGCUCUCAGCGCCUUACUCAGCAAAUACGUCGGAUGCCUUUCUGUGAAUGUUUAUUUGGUGUUUAUGGAAAUCAGCUUUUUAUUUAUGGAUCUCUCUAAAUACUUCAGGAACGAAGAUGCUGUUCAGAUCUCGUUCGUAACGUACAGCCACCAACCUGCUAUUAGCACAUGCCUGUAGCCUAAUAAAUGCAGGGAAGGGGCUUAGAAAUUGUGGCAGCUCCUGCUUACACAUGGUGUUUAACUUAUUGUUUCUAAAGAUGCAUUUAACUGAGUAGGAGACGCUAACUGCACCAAUUCAACCACAUGCUGAAUGAACAGUCCAAUUCCCCUUUGGUCACAGCAGCAUCCAUCCUCUGAAUGCCCGAAUUGGCUCUGCCUCUGUAUAGCAUUCGCUGCCUGAAGAUUUGCAUGUGUGUUGUGGGCAUGUGAUCAUCGUCUUUGAGUUCUGGGAGAUGGCUGGCACGUGGGAGCAGCAAACGAAGAUCGCCAGCGCAGUUUAAAAUUUCGGUGCAGGGUGGCGUGGUUUUAAGCAACAGUGUAAUUGUUCCUCACCUUUUUCAUAUUGAAACGUCUGCCUGGAAGGGUGGUUAAAAAUCGCCGCUUAUGGACUACUGUGUAGUUUUCUCUAAACAGGUGGUGGGAAGGGGCAGUGUGUUAUGCUGCACCUUCCCCUUUCUGCCCAUGUUGCACUCUGAAAAAGCGAACUGAGGAAACUUACUAUAGCGAUUUUAAAGCUGUCUUUAACCUUAAGUAUGUCAUGCCCUCUGUAUUCAGGGUCUAGUCCAUCUGUGCCAACUCAACAUUAGUUACCUAAGCAUAACUUCGCAGCCUGUUUGUUUGUUCUCUCAGGCAUUGGAAUUUUUUCUGAAUUGCCUGUCCAAUGCUUUGUUUUAUUCCUUUUGUGUGUGGCUUUUUUUUUUUUUUUUUUUUAACUUCUGUGGACAGUUGCUUCUGGGGAGCUGCAAAAUUAACAGCUCAUUUUUUCACAGUGUUGUCUCUUGCCUUGCUGUGAAUGCUGUUUGCCUUUCUACAAAAGGGGGAAAGGAAGAAAUGUCGAUUUCCUGGGUGUCUUUCUCUUCGUGCUCCAUGUCACUGUGAAACCAGCUUGAGAGAAUGUACAGAACUGGCCAUCAAAUGUGGAGCAGCUGAACUAGGCUGAGACGUUGGGUUUGAAGAAAACAAUUGUAUUUUGAAGACCAUUUUUGUUAAGUGCCUUUUUUAGUAGUUUUUCCAAAUAACUCUCCCCCUCCAAUGUCUAAAGCCAAUUUUAGAGGUUUGCUUUUCUUUUAAGAGGUUGCAGUAGUGUUCAAUAAAUCCCAAUAGCAAACCCCACAAGAUGGAUCUGAAGGCUGAUGAGUCUCUGCGGCUACUUUGUGCUCCCAGCUCCACUGCUCAGUAACUACCUAAUAAUAUCUGUUGUCGUAAGGUUCCCUAAGUUUCUUUUGCAGAUUCCCCUGCCCUAUCAUUUUGGGUCAGUAUUUUACCAUAAAUUUAGCUUCUUCCUUUCAUGGCCUCAGCGAAAUAAGGGAUGUGGCAGCUUUUCAAAUGUAAACGUCUUUCAGUGCCUUGUAAUUCAAACCCUGUUCGUUUGCUCUGUGCUUUUAACGCUGUUAACCAUGCUGUCUCAGGCCCCCUUCAGUGCAGUUUAGCAGGAUGCUCUCGACUGCAAGGAGAAGCUAGAUGUCUUCUGAGCCUGCAGGAUGGCUGCUGAUAUCCAUGCAGAGACCUGCUUAAGACCUCCUAUGUGGUUUCUCCUUAUACCCAGGUGGGAUGGUGCUAGCGUCACUUGAUGGCCAGCAUGUUGGCCUCUCAGUCUCCCAGGUUUGUUCUAGUCUUGUCAGUCUUCGGAGGACGAUCCCCAUGGGCAGAAAGUAUGGGUUUGUGUGUGGAGGGCACGCAACAGCAUUUCAUUUCACUUUCUGUCCUCUCUCCGGGUACUAGGCUGAGCGACAGCAGCUGACGCUUCCAUCCACUGGCAUAGCUGUAUGCUGCUGUCCGAACUGAGAGCUCCCAAUGGAGCUGGAUGUCGGGGACCAAUAGCCAGAUAAGCCCAUCGGUAUCUAGCUAUGCAGGUUCUGUGUGCAGGUGGCUGUUUGUAGUAAUAGUGCCUAAGAUGUCGAGCUGGUGAGCGCUCAGUUCCUGGGCUUCCAGUCCCUUUUCAGUGACCAAGGCUGCAGUGUGUGAGAGCUCACCAAGAUGUCUGAAGCUCUUCUCCUAACCCCACUUCCAGAACGCUCUCUGGAGGCCCAGCUUGAUGCUUCCAUUCGGCUUCCAUCCACCUGAGACUUUCCCUUUGGCCUAAUUCUGGCGGCUCCCAUCUUCUCUUGCAAAGAUCUCACAUCUACACCAAGCCUUAGGGUCUCCCGUUUUUGGCCAAGAGCAUCAUCUUCGAAGGGCAACACAGCACAAGUGCUGGCUCUUUCUUCCCGAGUCCCCGGCGCGUCUUAGCCUGAGCGCUCUUCUACUCCUCCAGCAAUUCCAAAGGCAGCAUUAAGAGGAAUGUAGUGGAUCUAUAUACAUGCACGCUCCUGCUCUAGACGUUCUUGUCAGCUCAAAUGGCCUCAUGGGCUCUGCUUUACACUGGCCUUCCUAAGCCUGUCCGUGAUGUGAUUUGCCUUGCUGAUGCCGUUCCUGACUUAAAGCAGCACUGAAGACAACCGAAGUCCACCCCUGCCUCUGGCAGUCUUUGUAAUCUACUUUCACUACUGCAGAUUCUUACUUCUACUGCAGAUCGCUCAGCGCAAUAUGGUCAAUGCGACCAGACUGCGUGUGGUAUGUAGCGUUUUGGUGAAGCUAGAAUAUAGGUCCCUACUGCACCUUGAAACUUGGCGGCAUGUUCACUUACCUCUUCUACACUAGCACCUGGGGCUACAGCUGCACAUCCCCCUCUCCCAGUGACUUCCGUGGGAGCUGGAUCAUGCUAAGAACAUCAAGGACCAAGCCCUGAGUAAUGAGCCCAUUUCAUCCUCUCCAUCAUAGACCGAUAGUCUGAUCUGUUAAUGCUUUGAUGGCCUCCCUGCAUCUCCUUCUGAUUCCUCAAAAUAAAGUGGAGCAACAAUGAUUCUCCACUUGAUAACAGUAGUCUCAGCUGAGUUGCUGAAAUCGGAGACUUGUAUUCUCUAUUAGCACUGUACUUUCCAGUGAGCUUGAAAUGUGACUAGAAAUACCCAGUAUUGCUGGGGCGGUUUCCAACCAUAAAAAUAGUACUUGUAUGUGAGGGGAAAGGGUUAAGAUGAGCCAUUUAACCUGCUUAAUAAAUUCUGCAGUUUGAGCAAAGGGGAUACUUGGGCAGAAAAAAUACGGCAGUAUCUGAUUUUCGUAUUACAAAAAAAUCCUUCUGGACACUGCACUUCUGUCCCACAUGAAUGUCUUUAGGCUAGUUAUUUUGAUCUUUGGAGGAAAAAUACAGUCUUUAUUUUUUGUGGGUUAAAAAAAAAAAAGGACUUGAAUUACUGCAAACCGAGCUGCAUCCUGCAGAGAAACCGUGUUCCUGCAUAGUAAAAUAAGUGUGGUUGAAACAUUAUUUUACAUCAAACAGCUUCAGCUACAUUUUUCCCCUCCCUCCUGUUGCUGCUAACUUCCUUUGCUUGGUCCUCCUGAUUGUCAGGAGAAAACCUCCUUUCCCUACAACGGUCAAUAAAACAGGAUCUCUUCCCAACUUCCACGCCUCAUUUGCAGCCCUGAUGGGUGAGAUGUUUGGAGCAGUUUUGUGUAUUGGCUUAAGCGUUUAAAAGCGAACAGCAAAGCAAAGCUUUACCAACCAACCGAGCCUCUGAAGCGUGUCUGCACAGGCUUAAAUAGAAGUCUGGUAUUUUAUAAUCACAGGUCAGUAGUUCUUCCCUGGACAGUGAAAAUGCCAGGCUUCGGUUCCCCUGUGGUAACUGACAGCUUCACUGUGCUGCCUGAAACAGGUGCCCCUGUUCUGGGACAAACAGACUCUGGAACUCUUCUCCCCACCCCCCACACCCCCGUUUUGCUUUUUCAAUUGUGCCUCAUUAAAGACGUGCAGUUCCCCUCUGAGCUCAUGCUUGUUUGCAGCUUUUCUGGUGCAGCUGGAAGAUUUGAGUAAUAAAAGCCGUCAUUGUCUCUAAGCAAUAUGAACUUUGUCACAUUAGAAAACAGCCUGGUACCAAACCCUGUGAACAGCCGGAGCAGGGCCUGUUGCGGGGGAGUUCUCCGGGGCCUGAUAAAGGGGUAGUGGCACUGUACAAAGGGAGGAUACAUUCCUGCCACAUCUCUGUAAAGAACAGAUUCCAAGCACUGCUCUUGCUUUUCCUUCCCAGGGAGGUGGGCCAGUUUCAGGAGCUAAGUAGUGCUGGUAGGCCAGCUGGGGCAGAUGGGCUGGCAAAUUCAGUCUCCGGUAACCUUCACUUGGUUGGUGCUGUUCCUACAUGUUAGGAGUGAAUAACCCACUAACUCCUGGGCUUUGCCAUUGUUUAAAGAAACAGGGUUGUAAGUGUUGCAGCCUGUUACUCUCUUCUCUCCCUCCCUCCCCCCCGUGAUGCAGAGUUCCCCCAGCUAAGGGCUUGAGUGGGAGUUGGGGCUCAGCAACUCUGAAGCAAGCCCCUGUUGUGUAAAACAGGUCCCGUGUUGAAGUCCUUACUUGGCUUUUCCUCUGACAAAAAGGAAUGAGUAAUGACUGCAGUGUUUGGUCUCCUGGGUAACUAAAAUAACCCUUCUAAGUCCUAAUCAUGUGACCCUAUGCCAAAGACUUUCUCAGAGCACUGCUGUGACCCUGUGUUACAGCUACUCUGAAUGGAGGUCUCCUGGGGAAAUAACGAGAGAUGCUGACAUGACAUGACAGCAUCUUUUUAGAUUCCAAGUGUGUUGUUUCAAAUCCUGUAAGUGGUUCCCUUGGUGCCAGGCUGACUAGUAGUUAUUACCCUGCUCCAAGCAGGCUCUGCCUCUACUUGCUUCUCUGAGCAGAAACAGUCUAGUAACAGAGCACUGAAGAACGCUGGACCAACAUGUAUUCAGCUAUGAGGGGAUUGCUACACAAAACCAAACACACUUUGUUGCUGUGUCAGAUAGUCCACGCCUAGAACAACGGAGGAUGCAGGAAUCGUGCUGCUCCUCCCAUGUUUACAGUGUGUGCUGGCCAUAGAUCUGUUGCUGUAAAAUGUCUUGAGUUCUCAUCCCACAACACUAACUCAAUUGCAUGCUUCCCUUGCUCUGGCUUUUCUCCAUUUAUUGCCACUUUAACCUGGUGACUGAGCCUCAUGGGUGAUGAUGGAACUGUUGCUGUGAUUUUUUUAUUUUUAAAUCCUCCUCUGCAUUAUCCCCCCCCCCCCCCUUUGAUCAAAAGCCAUCGGCAGCCAGUUCUAGACACUAGUAGACCCAAGGGCAAUGUUCUCAUGCUAUUCGGUAUGGAUGCAGAGUCCAAUGUGAAGUUACCCUAGCUGUAGGGGAUGAACUGGGGACAAGUCGGCUGUGUAAGUGCAGUUUCUUUCUUUGGUGUUGAGGAAUGAACUUGUGCCCUCUUUCCAGCCGGGGAGCGUUUGGCCAGCCUCUGCCUUUGCCUGACAUUCAGUCGGUGCCCCCCCCAGUCCUGUUUGUGUGUUUAGUGUGGGAGUCUGAUAUGCAUGCAGCAAUGGGUGGUCAUCCCUUCUGUCGCCAUGCCAACAUCCUGUGGUGUGAAGCUGUGCUGGGUUGGUGGGAGGGCGAAGGCUGACCAAGAGAUGUACUUGCCUGUAUUUAUGGACCUUGUCAGUGUUUUUGCAGUUUUUUUUUUAAAUCCAAUAAAAAACCUCUGUCCAAAUCA